UAUUUCUAAAAAAAGGGAAGAGGAUCUUUUCGCUGCCAAGUUGUUGGCACUUGGAGCUUGACGGUGAUGAACUUUUUUGGGUCUCUCUUUUUAAAUUAAAUUAAACUAAAGAAACUUUAGACCAUCAUUAAUCCCAAUUUUUUUAAUUGGAGUUCUUAAUUUUGAUUAAAAAAAACAGUUCUUAGCUUUUUUUAGAUUUUAAUUAAGAAGAAUUAAAAAUCGUCUCUUAAAUAAGAGAUACAAGAGCCGUCUAUUAGUCCGGGUUACUAAUGCUUUUAGAAGUGUCAGUUGGAAAGGGUCCUGAAUCAAAAAAUGCUCAAAAAACUAUUUGGCCCGACUUCGAUAUCCACAUAGUAACUAGAGUCCAGAAGCAAGAUGAGUAUCAAACUCGGAUGUAGUAGGAAUAAUAAGUACUCAUUAGUUUUUUGUCGUCUCUAUGAGACCAACCUCUUGACGUGAAUGUGUAUAUUGAGAUGUACUUGCAAUCUUCAAUGCAUGUAUAUAUUCAGAUGUACGUUCGUUUGCAUAGUUAAUUACAUUGUAUCAUUUGAUUCUAGAGAAUAAAUCAUGAGAACGGGAAGACUGCAAGUCUUAAUUAAGGAUCUUUAUAUGACUUUCACCUUGUAACAACCCGCCAUGUGGGAACUAUUCGCUCCGUGAGUCCAGACUGGUCCUGCAGGACACCGAUACUAAUCUUUCAAUUAUAAACUUUUAAUGUUUCAUAAUUAAGUUUUUAGUGCGUUUGGAGUUCUUCGAACCUAAGAUUUGACUUUUUAACAAUAUUUCCACGUGACAAUGUCAUCAAUUGGUCUGCAAAACCCCUAUUAUGAAUCCACAGGGCGGGUUGUUACAGACCUAUUCUCCAAACCUUAUAUUUAAAUAUUCCUCAACAAAAAAAUACCAAACAUUUAUCUCUUUCAUUGUCUAUCUUUUAAUUCUCUUUUUCUUCAUCUUGUUAUUUUCUUCUCAUCAUAACAAACAAACCCUUUAAUUAAACGACUCUCUUUAUUCUUUCUGGCUUUUGUUCUUUUUGAAGUUUUUUUUGUUGUCAUCUCAUUAAACCUGCAGGUUGCAUAUAUAUAACCAUCUCCAGGAAAUCAUAUCGAAUCAAAACCCAACGGUUGAGUUUCUAGGAUCAGAUUUAAAUCAGAGAACCAAUAGAGGUCAGGAAAACAAAGAUGGGUUUGAAAGAUGAGGACAAGAAAAUAGAAAAGUCUUCAGAAGAGCCAAUGGGACAUGGGACCUUAAGCAGAAAUAAUAGCCACAGCUCUUUGUCUCCAACAGAAGAUGAUGAAGACGAAGACAAGAAUCUUGAACUUGGUCCCAUGAUCGCUCUCAGAGAACAGCUCGAGAAAGACAAGGAUGAUGAAAGCUUAAGGAGAUGGAAAGAACAACUUCUAGGCAUUGUGGAUCUUGAGGAGGUUGGAGAGACUACGGAUCCGGUGGUAAAGAUAAUGAACUUAACAAUUAGGUCACCGGAUCGAGAUGACAUGGUAUUGACGAUCCCUGAAAACGGAAAACCGACAUCGAAAGGGCCAUGGUUUACUCUUAAAGAAGGCUCUAAGUACACUCUCGUGUUUACUUUCCGUGUGAACAACAACAUUGUGUCCGGUCUCCGGUACAGCAAUACAGUUUGGAAGACCGGAAUCAAGGUAUAUAGUCGAAAGCAGAUUUUAGGAACGUUUAGUCCACAAGCUGAACCGUAUAACCAUGUCAUGUUUGAAGAAUCAACACCGUCUGGUAUGCUUGUUAGGGGCUCCUACUCCGUUAAAUCUAAGUUCGUCGAUGACGAUAAUAAGUGCUACUUGGAGAACAAUUAUACCUUUGACAUUCGCAAGAAUUGGCUGUGAUGAUCCAUCACAUAAGUUACCCGAAAACAUAUUAAUUGUAUUAUUCAUUAUUCUGUUACUAUUUGCUCUUUAAUUUAAACUUGUUCUUAAUUAAUGUAUGUUCAUAUAUAUAUGGUUAAAUUAAAUU